AUGCACGCCACGUCGUCUUUGGCGAUACCGCCGCUCGCGGGUAUUCCUCCGAAACAACAUCCCUCCGCGAACCACGUGGCUUCAAAUGGCUUUUCAAAUCUUGAUAUACACGCCAAAAUCGAGUCGUCCGAACCUGAACACUCGGAGCCGUCUGUGAAGAGGCUUCGAACUGACAGCGGUCCUCUGACCCCUCUUGCUCAUUCCUCGCCUACGGUGGCCUUGGAAUAUCAGCAGGGGCCUGUUAGCCUUCAAUCUGUCUCGCAUGCGACCGUCACCGAUAGCAUCCAUAGGAUACAAAGUUCACUAGUGGAGUCGUAUAUUGGUGGAAGCAUAAGCACGCUGAACCAGACAACUACAUCGACCUCGGUCACAUCCUCCUUUGAGCCGGGGAAGUCUGCCUCUCCUCCGACUACUCCAGCUCAUUCUUUACCCACUCCGUCGGGUUCGUCGGGUGUCAGUGUGUUGGAUAACAUCAAGGUUGAUUUAUCCAAAUGUCGACCCCGGUCAUCCAUCCCGUCCAAGCUUCCGCCGUCCGUCUAUGGCCAGCAAUGUGUGGCAGCUGCAUAUGCGUCUCGACUUGAUCCAUAUGCAUUGCAUGACAAGGAGCAAGAAAUUCUGCAAGAUCAUCUCUGCCAUAUGCACGUUACCGCUUACCUGAACAUCCGCAAUGGCAUAUUACGUCUUUGGACUCGAAACGCAAUGGUCAGUGUCAGCAGAGAGGAGGCACUCGGCUGUGCCAAAGACUACCGUUGGAUGAAUCUGGCUUCAUUUGCUUAUGACUGGCUGGCGCGGUAUGGAUACAUCAAUUUCGGCUGCGUCGAGGUCCCCAUGCCUUUGGUGCCUCCCCGACGAGGACGCCGAAAAGAAGGACCUGUCAUCCUUGUCGUGGGAGCCGGUGUAGCAGGACUUGGUUGUGCGCGGCAACUAGAGGGUCUCUUCAAGCACCAUCGUGACGCAGAGACAGAACCUCGGGUCGUUGUGAUUGAAGGACGUCCACGAAUUGGCGGACGAGUCUACUCACGUCCUCUCCACAGUCUUCAAUCUGAGAUUUUGCCAUCGGGCCUUGUUCCCAAAGCAGAAAUGGGUGCCCAGAUUAUCAUCGGCUUUGAUCGUGGGAAUCCUCUUGAUCAAAUUGUUCGUGGCCAACUGGCUCUUCACCACCAUCUGCUGCACGACCUUUCCACGAUCUAUGACUUUGAUGGUUCCCCCGUCCCCAAUUCACAGGAUGAAAUGGCCAAUAAACUCUACGAAGAUGUUUCGGAACGAGCCUUCGCCUAUCGUCAUAAGAAACUUGUCAAGCAAACUGCCGAGGGCGACCGCGAGAUGAUUGACGAUGGAAGAGAGACUGCCGUGGACGAUGGUCUGACCGUACGACAAUGGGAGGAGGCACGAGCGACAGGUACCACUGAUUCUCUCGUCCCUACCAAACGAAUUCGCCGACGUCGAGGAGUGGGACACAAGACAGGAGACACCAAUCCAACCAACAGUGCAGCGCCGAAGCUCGAGGGCGAUACAAAUGACCACCCAGCGGCCGUGGCAGCCCAGGCUGUGGGAUGGAAGUUGAACACCGGCUACACUGCAGACGAUACACUGGAUUUGGACCCCGUUGCGCAUGCUGCGAAACCCCAAACACUCGGUGCUGUAAUGGAUGAGGGAAUCAAACAGUACCAACGUAUGCUUCCACUGACGCCUCGGGAUAUGCGGCUCCUGAACUGGCACUUUGCAAAUCUCGAGUACUCCUUUGCUGCCAAUCCCAAUAAGCUCAGUCUGACCUUGGCGGACCAGGAUUCCGGUAAUGAAUUCGAAGGGCUGCAUUCCAUGGUCGUUGGGGGUUACAACCAAUUACCGUACGGUCUGUACUCUGUGCCUGAGAAACUCAACGUGCAUACCAACAAAAUUGUGACGAAAAUCACUUAUGAUGCCAACGGCACGGGAAUCCGCAAGGCGGUUGUCCACUGCGAGGACGGCGAAAAGUUUGUAGGCGAUCACGUCGUGUAUACUGGCUCUCUCGGCACCCUCCAGCAUCACUCUGUUCAAUUCGAACCACCUCUUCCUGAUUGGAAGCAAGGCGCAAUUACCCGUCUAGGAUUUGGCCUUUUGAACAAAGUUGUCUUAGUAUUCGACGAGCCAUUCUGGGAUACAGAGCGUGAUUUCUUCGGUCUUCUUCGCGAACCUGACAACCCUGAGAGUAUGGUCCAGGAGGAGUACGCCGCGAACCGUGGCCGGUUCUACCUUUUCUGGAACUGCAUUCGCACGACAGGCCUACCCGUUCUCGUUGGUCUCAUGGCAGGGGAUGCCGCACACCAGGCCGAGCACACCCCGGAUGCCGAGAUUAUCGCCGAAGUCACCACCCAGCUGCGAAACGUCUUUAAACAUGCUGUCGUUCCGGACCCUCUCGAGACCAUUGUCACUCGCUGGGCGUCAGAUCCGUUCACUCGCGGCAGCUACUCUUUCGUAGCAGCCGGAGCCCAACCUGAAGACUAUGAUCUCAUGGCACGACAAGUGGGCAAUCUCCACUUUGCCGGCGAAGCCACCUGCGGGACGCACCCCGCCACCGUCCACGGCGCCUACCUAUCCGGUCUACGCGCAGCAUCAGAAGUGAUCGAAGCUACCAUCGGCCCCAUCGAGAUCCCCGUCCCCCUUGUCCCGGAAAAGCCAACCACCAACAUCGUGACGACCCCGACGACUAGCACCGUUCCAGACACCCCAAAGCAUCCAGCGCCAGCCACAGCAUCGCGCAGCCCCAACGUCGCCGAGAAACAGCGCCGGCAGGCUUACGACCAAGCUACGUGGGCAGCAAUAUACGAGGAACUGGGCCCCACACCAGCACCACCGCCCAAGGCAGGACGCAACCCAUUCCUCUUGUACCAGAAGGACUUCUGGACCAAGUGCAAAGACCAGUGUGACGCGACUCGGCGGGCGGCAUCGAAUAACCCGAAUGCCAAGGCAUCUCGGGAUGACAUCCGCGCUGCCCUCGGUCUGAUGUGGCGCAAUGCUCCUCACGCUGAGAAGCAGCCAUAUAUCGACCAGGUUGAAGCUAAUCGUCUCGCCAACGACGAAGCCUUCGCGAAGUUCCAAGAGGUCGCUGUGGAGUGGAACCGCCGAUCGUACGAAGUCAAGCACAAGUGGUGUGCGGACAAUCCCUAUGAGAGCUGGCAGGUUCCGUCGUGCUCGUCUGUGGCCCUUUAG